AUGCAGGGGAUAAAGGACGUCCGUUGGCUGUCACGCAGCGACGCGAUCCAGCGGCUCGCGGCUGUACUUCCUGCGACUAUUGUUGUGCUUUGGGAGCACGACAAAGAUGCCUACAAGAUGGUCACUAGCUUCAAGUUUCAUUUCUUCUUGUUCUUCCUGGCAGAUGUGCUCAAGGAGCUCAACGAACUGAACCAGAAGUUUCAGCGGCGGACGGUGGACAUCACCCGUGUGACCGCCAUGGUGCACAACACGGCAGGAAGGCUACGUGCUCGCUACAUUGAAUACGGCGUGAACUACGCCGAGGACAGUCAUUUGCUGAGCCGCUUCCUGGAGGAGCAUGGCCCCACUUCCAAGAGGGAGGUUACGGUAUCAGGCACGGAUGGGGAAGGCAAUCCAGUCACCCACAAAUUCGAUCUUCAUGAGGAAGCAAUCAAGGGCCAGAAGUCCAAGGGCGACAUGGAGUCUUGCAUCUCUGUCACUUCCCUGUUUGCGCAGGAAGUGGUAAAGCACCUCCUUAAGCGGAUGGAGAGCCUUGAUUCGCUCGUCGGCGCGAAGCUGUUUCUGCCUGACGCUUACCCCAAUGGCCCUACGAAGAGAGAGCGCGUCUGCCAGGAGUGGUUCCAGUCUCUUCGCGAGCUCUUCAAGGCGGACAAGUUUGUUCUGCCAGAGGCAUCAGAGGACGAGGAACUGACAGAGGCGGAGAAAAAGAGGAAGAAGGGAAAGGCACGUGCAGUUGACAGUGACGAGGAGGACGAGGAGGAAGCAGGUCUUGAUGUGCGGGCGACUGUGACCCUGGUGUCGUCAGACACUGAGUGA